AUGCGAGAGGUACGGGGAUCGAUACCCCGCAUCUCCAUCCUUUCUAUAAGAACUGAAACAAAAAACACAAUGAGUGCAUCAAAAACGUUGAGAAAGUUGGAGGUGGUGUCACCAGUUCCAGCAGACAUAGACAUUGCUAACUUAGUUGAACCUUUUCACAUAGCAGAGAUUGCUAAAGAGCUGAAUCUUAGUCCAAACCAUUAUGAUCUUUAUGGAAAAUACAAAGCCAAGGUUUUAUUGUCUGUGAUUGAUGAGCUUGAAGGAUCAGGAGAUGGGUACUAUGUGGUGGUUGGAGGGAUUACUCCUACACCACUUGGAGAAGGAAAAUCUACUACUACUGUUGGCCUCUGUCAAGCUUUGGGUGCAUUUCUGGAUAAAAAGGUUGUCACCUGCCUUCGUCAACCAUCACAAGGACCUACUUUUGGAAUAAAAGGGGGUGCAGCAGGUGGUGGUUAUAGUCAAGUAAUUCCAAUGGAUGAAUUCAAUCUUCACCUAACGGGAGAUAUUCAUGCAAUAACAGCUGCGAAUAAUCUCCUAGCAGCUGCUAUUGAUACCCGGAUUUUUCAUGAGUCUACCCAAUCAGACAAGGCUCUUUUAAACCGCUUAUGCCCACCAAACAAAGAGGGAAAACGAAGCUUUUGUGACAUAAUGUUUCGGCGUCUGAAGAAGCUUGGUAUCUCCAAGACCAAGCCUGAGGAACUCACACCAGAAGAAGUAAAGAAAUUUGCAAGGCUUGAUAUUGACCCAGAUUCCAUAACAUGGAGGAGAGUAAUGGAUGUCAAUGACAGGUUCUUGAGAAAGAUUACCAUUGGCCAAGGUCCUGAAGAAAAAGGGAUGUUGAGAGAAACAGGAUUUGAUAUAUCUGUUGCUAGUGAGAUAAUGGCAGUUUUGGCCCUCACAACAUCUCUAGCUGAUAUGAGAGAGAGGCUUGGUAAAAUGGUGAUUGGAAAUAGCAGGGCUGGUGACCCUGUAACAGCUGAUGAUCUUGGUCUUGGAGGUGCUUUGACUGUACUGAUGAAGGAUGCUAUCAACCCUACUUUAAUGCAAACCCUUGAAGGAACUCCUGUCCUUGUUCAUGCUGGUCCUUUUGCAAACAUCGCCCAUGGAAAUUCUUCCAUUGUAGCUGAUAAGAUUGCACUGAAGUUGGUGGGACCAGGUGGGUUUGUGGUCACAGAAGCAGGUUUUGGUUCUGAUAUUGGAACUGAAAAGUUCAUGAACAUAAAGUGCCGAUAUAGUGGUCUAACUCCUCAGUGUGCUGUUAUUGUUGCAACAAUUCGGGCCCUGAAAAUGCAUGGUGGUGGGCCAGAAGUGGUUGCUGGGAAGCCUCUUGACCGUGCCUACACGACUGAGAAUGUGUCCUUGGUUGAAGCCGGUUGUGUGAAUUUAGCCCGGCAUAUUUCUAACACGAAGGCUUAUGGCGUAAAUGUUGUUGUCGCUGUGAACAUGUUUGCAACUGAUUCAGAAGCGGAACUUAAUGCAGUCAGAAAUGCAGCUUUGGCUGCUGGGGCCUAUGAUGCUGUUGUCUGUACACACCAUGCUCAUGGUGGGAAAGGAGCGGUGGACCUUGGAAUUGCUGUUCAAAAGGCUUGUGAGAAUGUGUCACAGCAACUAAAGUUUUUAUAUUCUUUGGACAUUAGUAUUAAAGAGAAAAUAGAGGCAAUAGCAAGGUCGUAUGGUGCUAGUGGCGUUGAAUUCUCAGAGCAGGCCGAGAAACAAAUUGAGAUGUACAGCAGGCAAGGGUUCUCUUCUCUGCCGAUCUGCAUGGCUAAAACCCAGUAUUCAUUUUCGCACCAAGCGUCUGAGAAAGGAGCCCCCACUGGAUUUGUUUUGCCAAUAAGAGAUGUCAGGGCUAGCAUUGGGGCUGGUUUCAUCUAUCCUUUGGUUGGGACUAUGAGUACUAUGCCAGGGCUUCCAACAAGGCCUUGCUUUUACGAUAUUGAUCUCGACACUGCCACCGGCAAGGUCAUUGGUCUCUCUUGA